GAACCGUCUUAGAGCUUUGAGUCUUCUCAAUCGUCGUUGAAAUUUUCUAGGGUUAGGGCUCCUGAUCGAUUUCGCGAGCUCUGCGGUUUGUUAAACUAUAGGAUCCGAAAUUAGAAAUGGGUGGAGAGGGAGAUUCGAGUCAGCCGCAGACUGGUGAAGGAGGAGCUGUGACUGUGAACAUCAGGUGCUCGAAUGGUUCGAAAUUUAGUGUGAAUACGAGUCUUGAUUCGACGGUGGAGUCUUUCAAAGAGUUGGUGGCUCAGAGCAGCGAUGUACCAGCCAAUCAACAGCGCUUGAUUUAUAAAGGUCGGAUCCUCAAGGACGAUCAGACGCUCCUCAGCUAUGGUUUGCAGGCUGAUCAUACUAUUCAUAUGGUUCGAGGCUCUGCACCUUCUUCAGCACCACCUUCUGCUCCCGCUGGAAACCAAACCACUGCACCGAGUGUUACUAGAGGGGUGGGUUCAGAAAAUAGCUCGAAUCUAGGAGGAGCGAAUCCUGGGGAAUCUUUGUUCCCUGGGCUUGGAUUCAAUCCUUUGGGUAGUGGAAAUGCUAUGUCUGGGUUAUUUGGAGCUGGUCUUCCGGAUCUUGAACAGGCACAGCAACAACUAGCUCAAAACCCCGCCAUGAUUAGAGAUAUGAUGAAUACACCAGCCAUUCAGAAUCUAAUGAACAACCCAGAAUUUAUGAGGAAUAUGAUUAUGAGUAAUCCUCAAAUGCGUGAGCUUGUAGAUCGCAAUCCUGAGCUUGGUCAUGUGCUCAAUGACCCAAGCAUCCUUCGACAAACUUUAGAGGCGGCGAGAAAUCCAGAGCUUAUGCGUGAAAUGAUGCGGAAUACAGAUAGGGCUAUGAGUAAUAUUGAGUCUAUGCCUGAGGGAUUUAACAUGCUUAGGCGUAUGUAUGAAAAUGUCCAAGAACCAUUCUUGAAUGCUACUACUAUGUCGGGAAAUGCUGGAAGCAAUACAGGCUCUAAUCCGUUUGCUGCUCUCCUGGGAAACCAGGGGGUUACUACUCAAGGAAGUGAUGCUUCUAAUAACUCUUCAACACCAAAUGCUGAAACAGGGACAGGGAAUAGUAUUCCGAAUGCAAAUCCACUUCCUAAUCCUUGGGGUGCUGCGGGUGGCCAGACCACUGCCCCUGGAAGGACAAAUUCUGGUGGGGAUGCGAGAAGCCCUGGUCUAGGUGGUCUUGGUGGUCUUGGCGGCCUUGGUGGUCUUGGUGGUCUUGGAAUGCUUGGAGCGGAUUCGCCUCUUGGUGCCACUCCAGAUGCUUCUCAAUUGAACCAGCUAUUGCAAAACCCAGCCAUGUCGCAGAUGAUGCAAAGCAUACUUUCCAAUCCACAAUACAUGAAUCAGCUUAUGAAUCUCAACCCACAACUCCGAAGCAUGCUAGAUUCAAAUCCUCAGUUGAGGGAAAUGAUGCAGAACCCAGAUUUCCUUCGUCAGUUUAGCUCUCCGGAGAUGAUGCAGCAAAUGAUGACUCUACAGCAAUCACUUAUGUCUCAGAAUAGGAACACGACCAGCCAGGAUCCGGGGCAAACUGGUGCUGCCACAGGGACAGGCAACAAUGCUGGGAUUGAUUUAUUGAUGAAUAUGUUUGGUGGUCUUGGUGCUGGCGGCCUGAGUGGCACUAACCAACCCAAUGUUCCACCUGAGGAGCGUUUUGCUACACAGUUGCAACAGUUGCAGGAAAUGGGAUUCUACGACAGAGCAGAGAACAUAAGGGCAUUGCUUGCAACCAAUGGUAACGUUAACGCUGCUGUAGAACGACUCUUAGGGAGUAUUGGUCAGUAGCACACAGGGUGGUGAACUUGUGGAUAGAAAAGCCAUUUGUUUUCAGUGGUCAUCUUCUUCUUCGUCUUUAACCAUCCCCCCGAAACCUUUUCAUAUAAUUUGGGUCGUUGUUGUCUUCCAGAAUUUAUUUGAAGUUGUUACAACAUACAUCUGUAAGAGUUGGUCUCAGAAUGUGGAAUGGUUACAUAUACGUUAUCGUAUAUCAAUUUGUUUAUAGAUGAGUAUUGUAACGUUCA